UUAUCGAAUCACUUGAAUUUAGUAGUACAGUAUUAAUCCGAGUCUUUAUCCACAUGAACCAGUUACGACGGCACGUGUCACGGCUUCGGUCGAGGGAGUCACAUCUUUCUCGGCUCGUAAUGCAGCAGAUAAUUUUGCCUGGAUUUGCAACCAUCAACUUCUCCCUACUGUCCAAUCCAUCUCAAGCAAUGGCACAAGGGGGGGGAGGUAACCUUUGGCCAUUACGUACGUCACGGUGAACUCCAGCUUGAUUUCCUCUGUUUCCAGCUUCGUUGCUCACUUCCGUCUUCUCCGUCGCUGCCACCCAAGGCAUCGUCACGUGUAAAUUCCGUUCCCUUCUCUACGCCAAGUAGAAGGUUCGUGGUUCGAGCGGAAGAGGCAUCGGCGCCCCCACCAACGGGAGCGGGGGGCUACAGAAGUUGCCAAGCCGCCACCGCCAAAUGGCCCACAGAGAGGUGCCGAGGAUCCCAAGACUCGCUAUCCUGUCGUUGUCCAAUUCAACAAAGUUAAUCACGCUGCCGUUUCCACGAAGAAUUAUGCUUUGGAUGAAAUCUUGGAAAAUUCACUUUGGAUGGGUGAACUGAAAGAUCGUGCUAUUCAAGCAUGUCAAUCGAAAAUGGACGACAAUCCAUGACCAGCCUCACAAGCUCUUACUGCUCCCCUGGGAAACCCAUGAGUUUCCACUUGGUAAUCUCCACAAGUAACACAAGAUUUCCAUGCAACGCGAGUCAGUAUGAAUCUAGAAGACGAAGCAGAUUCCAUAUUCCAUGUAGCAGAAAGGUCCAAAUGCUACGUGCCAUUCCACGGACCCAGCAUUCCUACUGCUCUACCAAACCCCAUUAACGUGUUUCCUGCGGAGGUUUCUUUCGGGCAACAGAGAGAAGAAAGCUUUGUGAAGAAGAGCGGCCCAACGGUCGCCCGUGUCCGUCCCGGCAGUGACGAACCGUCCGAUCUCCAGAUCGGUGGGGUUGUUUUGGUCAUUUUGACCACAAGAGUGGCAUUGAGAGAGCUAUUUAAAGGGCUCCUCCGGAGAGAGCGGGAGGAUAGCUUUCUUCUCUGUUGCCGAUUUGUUGCCACUGGAUUCUUGGAAAUGAGCCACGAUGGAUAUGCUGAAGGAAGCUUCGGACUCAUCUUAGGACUAAGGAGGAAUAUAGUAUUAUGUUGUUAAUGAUGUCAUGCAGAUGGAAUCUGUUGACAACAUUGUGGUGGAAGAUGAUAGAGAUCAUGAAGAUGGGCUAAGACAGGACAAACCAAAUAUAAAACAGACGAGUGAACUGUAUUCAUUCAAAAGGAAGCAAUCUUUGCAAGCUCGAUAUGUUUAUGGAUUUAUUUUCUUCAUAACAAACUUACUGGCUUGGUUUCUUCGUGACUAUGGGCACAAGGUUCUUCAUAGUUUUCUUCCUGAAAGGGCAUGUGGAGUUGAGGGAAAUAACUGUGUUCAUGCUGGAGGAGUUCUUCGAGUGAGCUUAGGGUGUUUCACAUUUUUCUCAUUCAUGUGUGUCACCAGUUUUAGAGUUCACAAGCUGCAAGAAGCUCGCAAUUCAUGGCACUCUGGGUGGUGGUCUCUGAAGUGCAUGGUUUAUCUUUUAUCAACAGGGUUUCCGUUCAUCAUCCCUUCAAAUAUUAUCCAAAUAUAUGGUGAAGUUGCACGUGUUGGUGCUGGGGUCUUUCUUCUUCUCCAACUUAUAAGUAUGAUCCGCUUCCUUAAAUGGUGCGACAACCAGUGGAUGGCAGAUUUGGAAACAAACAAAUGUGCCUUGCUUGGAUUGUUCUUGUCCACCAUUUUCUACAUUGCUUCUUUCUUUGGGAUUAUUCUGAUGUACUAUUUAUAUGCACUGGAGUCAACUUGUGUCAUCAACAUAUUCUUCAUCACAUGGACAGCAAUAUUGGUUAAAGUUAUGAUGAUAGUAUCUCUACAUUCUAAGGUUAAUGUGGGACUUUUAUCUUCUGCAAUCAUGGGUUCAUACAUUGUUUUCCUUUGCUGGUCUGCUAUUCAAAGUGAACCUCAUACCCAGAAAUGCAACAGUCAAAAGAAAAUGGCCGACAGAGAUGACAUGACUACUAUACUAAGCUUCUUUAUUGCUAUUUGUGCGAUUGUAAUGGCAACAUUUUCAACUGGAACCGAUUCACAAUCUUUUCAGUUCCGCAAGGAUGAGGUUCCAUCUGAAGAUGAUAUACCUUACAAGUAUGAGAUAUUCCAUUUCAUAUUUUCGAUGGGAUCAAUGUAUUUUGCGAUGUUAUUCAUUAACUGGGAACUAAAACAUCCAACCAGAAAGUGGAGCAUAGAUGUUGGUUGGGUUAGCACAUGGGUUAAAAUUAUCAAUGAAUGGCUUGCUGCCAGCAUAUAUUUGUGGAAAUUGAUCUACCCUGUUAUAGUGAGGGACACAGCCAUAUGCUGUAAUGAAUCUGCACAGCUUGUUGAUGUGUCAGUAUGAUGUCUCUGCAAUGUGUCCUGCUCUUCCGGAGUGUCUCUCAAGUUGACAACCAUAAUCACAGCGCCUUGUAUGUUUCGAUUUUUCCUUCAUACUGACAAUUGUGUAUUAUUUUGAUGUCUUAUAAAUA